CUGUGAAUGCGUUUUUUUUUUUUUGCGCGGAUUGUGCUUAAAAUCCUUAAUAAAUUGGGAAAGAUUAGAUACAAUUUAAUUACAUUACAAAAUGUACAAUCAACUGCUGCUAUCGCUGGCGGUGAGCGCGGUACCUAUCCUGGCCUUCACAUUUAUCGGACUUUUACUGCUGCAAAAACUCUACGUGAAAAUUCGGUCCAAAUUCGAUGCUACAGUGAACUGUUGGUUUUGCAAUCAAAAUACGCGUGUGCCCUACUUGGAAUCGAACAGUUGGACGUGUCCGAAUUGCGAACAAUAUAAUGGCUUCACAAAAGAUGGGGACUAUAAUCGCGAAAUAUUUCAACAACUAGAUUGCAGUAGUACCACAUUGGGGAGGAAUAGAUCAUCUGAGCAUGAUAUUUCAGCAUCGGCGUUGAGCGCCUCCAAGAACGGUUUUUGUUAUGAAUGCAAUGAGGCACAGCGCUUAAAGGUGGAAAAGUUGGCACAAUUUGAACCAAAAACUGAAACACGUUUCGAUGAAGAGCUUAAGGUCUACAAAGCCAAACUUGAAGAGCAAUAUCGUUUGUGUGGAACAUGCGACCGUCAUUUGCGUAAAGUACUUCAUGAAAAGAAAAAAAUGGUACUUGGAUCAAAAUUUCUAGAUUUCAUUAUAAAAGGUGCGGAAACGUUAAAGCAGCCCCACUUUACUCAAAUCCGCCAUUUUCAACGGCAACAUUGGAAACGCCGUAUUUCACUUCACAUAUCAUUACUUACAAUGGUAAAUCUGUUUUGUUUAUUAUUAAUGCUGCCCGCUUUGACCCGUGAGCAUCUGACGACUGUGUUUGGAGAUCGUCUUGGCGAGCAGCUAUUCACAACAAUAUCACAUGUGUUAGCACUGGCGCGUGUUUUGGUCGCAUAUUUGACUAGAAUCGGCGCGAACCCCUUGAUAGAGAAAAUCAAGCUUUUUACACGUACAAUUUUUAUGAUGCUCCUGUACUCAUUGGGACUGAAAAUGCCUCAAAUUACACGCAUUAACUUUUCUUCACUCUACGUGCUCCUCUAUCCUUUUGCACUAUUGGGCAUGUCUUUCAGCUAUAAAAUAAUUGAUGGCUUCAAGUUGACGCGCUUCACAUUUUUGUUGGCCUUGUGGAGUGCAUUUGCAGGAGGUUUGUUAGAAGAACAAUUAUACUUUCCACAAACUGCUUUAAUGCUAAUUUCGUCAGCAUUAACACUUAUUCUUUCAGUGACAAAUGAUGUAGAAUUUUCUCCCAGAAUGCAUGAUGCUAGUACGAGUAGUUUUCAUAAAAUGUAUUCUGAAGACUACCUAAGUGAUGAGGAUACGAUUAGUAUGUUGAGUCAGCAGCUUAAUAGUAGCAGUACUAGCACAAUUCGUUCCACUUCACUCGGUGGACAAGCAUCACCACUGCAACAGGGGCGUUUAUUUAAGUCACCAGUGACAUCAUCAACACUUUCGCUGCACAAUGCGCCUGCCGCGCGGUACUCUCCGAAUUCCACAUACAAAUCGUGCUACUUCGAUGCGCAAUCUAAUCCUUGCUCAAACCGGUCACAGUAUGCUGCUUCAACCAUUGGUGACUUUAACACAGCCUUCUCAUCUGCCACACUGACUUCUCGCGCUCCACUUUUUGGCUCAAACUGGGAGAUAAACAAUCGUGAACGGCCACGCUCUACUUUGUUUGGUACAAGCGGCAAUCACAUUGCAAACACUUCACUCCAGCAUGCUUCUUUUAGUGGAGAAAUUAAUGCACAUGAAAUUCAAAAACAAAGGAAUCACAUAUUUGCCCAAUAUCGCCCUGUUAACUCAAUAAAUAAACGGAUUUUUUCGGCGAAUACAACGGCAUUACAUUCACCGUUUUCACUCUCCAGUAAUGCGGUUUACCAACAAACCCGUCCAGCAUCGACGAAUUUGCUUACUCCGUCGCGAUUCAGCACUACAUGUAUUGCCAGUAACACAUCGGCUUCAUCAAUAUUUCCUGCCGGUUCUUUAAAUUCAGCUAACAAGAACUUCCCGGAGUCACGUGUGGCAAUGGCCGUUAUUGGAGAAAAUCUAUCACGUGCUUCAUCACAGUCUUCGGGGUUCGAGUCACAAAAUGAUCGCCUGAAUGUGUCUCGUGAAAACUCAUUAACCACUGAUGGUAAUGAUGUCGCCCAGCAGCAAAAAACAUUAGACGCUAAACGCAGUUUCCAGCCAAUCGACUCGGGCAGUCGUUCAGCCUACUCGCCACGGCCGUCGUUGUUAUCUAGUCCUCCGUUUGAGACACCU